GCAGCGUAGGAAUCUAUUUUUAUUAGCUGAUUAUCUAUUUAAUCCUGAGGCGGCUGGUUCAGAGAGAGAGAGAGAUCAGAGUGCACACACACACACACACACACACACACACACACACACACACACACCUGCAGACUAAACACAAAUACCUGUAGAGAAGAACGUGCAAACAGUCAUCAUGUUCAGCUACGGACGGAAAAACUUCACUUGGAACGGGACUCUGAGAGAGCUGGAGGGCAGCUGCACUGCCUUCUGCACAGAGCGAGGUCGAUCCAGAAUGAGCGCCCCCUUGAGUUCCUCCAGUGGUUUGGAGGUGCUCCUGUCCACUCUGCAGAGUGCUGGCGAUGUGGAGAGCACCUUAAACAUCAUCAAUGUGCUGGAUGAACUUCUGUCAGCUGGUACAGACCGUCGUAUCCUCUACAUGAUCAGGAAAGGAGGCAGUGAGGCUGCUGUCUCUGCUCUGGUGAACACGGGACGCAGCCUUCACUCAAACUACAGCGUCCUGCUGCCUCUGCUGCACCUGCUAGUGAAAGUUGGUCACAGAGACCGGCGUAUCGGUGUGAAGGCGGAGGACGCUGGAGCCGUGCUGCUGACUCUGAGUCUGCUCAGACACAACAUCUCAACCAGGAGGGCUGCAGCCUGCCUCUGGGUCCUCCAGGUGUUCUCCUCCUCAGUUUCCACAGCAAACCUGAUCGGAGAAAACCACGGACUGGAUGUGAUCUACCGCCUGAUCCCUCCGUACACCUCCAAACACCUGCACACCAUCAAGGCGGCCAUUACUGCCUUUGCUGCUCUGCUCUCCACAAAGGCUAACGUGUCGGUGGCGGUGUCUAAAGGUUACGUCUCUGGUCUCCUGCAGCUCUAUGAGGACUGGUUCAUGAACGACUGUCAGCAUGAGGCCACAGUGAUCUGCCAUGCUCUCCUGCGCUGCCUCCAUCAGGUCAGCCACAGUACUGCAGGCAGACAGGCUGUGUUUUCACAGGGAGGUCUCCGACUGCUCUAUCAAACUACUCAGACGUGUGCGCUCAGUAAAGGUGACGAGUGUCUGCUGGAGGCGGCGGUGCAGCUCAUGAGGAAGUGUCUCCCUAAAACUCCUCUGCCUCUGACCUCAGACUGCUCAGUGUACACCUUCACCCUGCCUGGAGGGUCACAUGAUACACCUGAGAUCAACAUGGCUCCAGAUGAGAGCAGUGAGGAUGAGGAGGAUGAAGAAGACGAGGAGCCAGACAGCAGAGACGAUGAUGACGAUCUGGAGACAGACCUGAACAAACUACGUCUCCGUCCGGACCCUGACAGACCCAAAGAGCUGUUGGUUCAGUACAGCCGACUCUGUCCUGAACUGUCCCACGACUUCCAGGAUCUGGACCUGAGCUCAGAGUCAGGAGACUCUUCAUCUUCAUCAGACGAGGAGUUGGUGUUCCCUGCUCACUCCUCCAGGAGGGACAGGAGGAGGAGCAGAGACCAGUCCUCAGCAGGGUCUCACUCAGAGACAAAUGAACAAACACCAGAUUUUCACAGUCACAGAAACUUUCUCAGCACCAGUCCAAGCUUCAGGAGCAUUGUGAAAGAGAACAGGGCGGAUGCCCCCCCAGGUGAUGGAGGGUCAGAUCAGGAAGAGGAGGGGGUUGAAGACUCCGCCCACUGUACAAUGAUUGACAGGUUGUUGGAGCGACACGGCGCCUGUAUCCCCCAUCAUGACCCCAGGCUGUACCUAUCUGCUGCCUCAAAAACCAGAUCCAUCCCUGGCUUCAGCAUCCUGGCCUUCCCGGAUUUCUGGGGUCACCUGCCCCCCGCAGGCCACGAAGCCAUGGCCCCCCGGGGACCCCACAUUCAGAGACUGAAAGUGUUUCAAGACAUCAGACGUUUCCUGAAUACUGAUGACAUCAUCAACCAGGUGGUGUUUGACCUGGAAGACAGCAGUGUUCAAUGUCCGUCUGACUCUCUGAGGUUUUACUCCAAGUUUGAAAGUGGGAACCUGAGGAAGGCUGUACAGGUCCGCAGGAAUGAGUAUGACCUGAUCCUGAACGCAGACACUAACUGCUCUCAGCACACUCAGUGGUUUUACUUUGAGGUCAGUAACAUGCAGCCUGAUGUCCCCUAUCGCUUCAACAUCAUCAACUGUGAGAAGACCAACAGCCAGUUCAACUACGGGAUGCAGCCGGUGUUGUACUCGGUCAGAGCAGCUCUGGAGGGCAGACCUCAGUGGGUCAGGACUGGAGAUGAUGUUUGUUAUUACAGAAAUCACUUCUGUUCAUCUCGAGGGCGGAGGACCUCCACCUUCUACACCCUGACCUUCACUGUGACCUUCAAACACCACGAGGACGUCUGCUACAUCGCCUAUCACUACCCCUACCCCUACUCCACCCUCAAGGCUCACCUGAAGCAGCUGCAGAGGUGUGUGGAUCCUUCCUCAGUGUUCUUCAGGCAGCAGGUUCUCUGUGAGACUCUGAAGGGAAACUCGUGUCCUCUGGUCACCAUCACAGCCUGUCCGAGCAGUCGCAGCUGGAGAGACCUGCACCAGCUGCGUAAUCGUCCGUGCAUCGUGCUGACAGCUCGGGUUCAUCCAGGUGAGUCUAAUGCGAGCUGGGUGAUGAAGGGCAGUCUGGAGUUCCUGUGCAGCAGUGACCCCGUGGCUCAGAGUCUGAGAGAGGCCUUCAUCUUUAAAAUCAUCCCCAUGCUGAACCCUGACGGAGUCAUCAACGGCAUGAGUCGCUGUGAUCUCAUUGGGGAGGAUCUGAACCGUCAGUGGUGUAAACCUGACCCCUCCCUCUGUCCCACGAUCUACCACACCAAAGGUUUCCUUUAUUACCUGAACAGCAUCGGACGCACGCCACAGGUGUUCUGUGAUUACCACGGACACUCCAGGAAGAAGAACGUCUUUCUGUACGGCUGCAGCGUGAAGGAGACGCUCUGGCAGUCCGGCUCUGCUGUGGACACGGUGGGACUGAAGGAGGACCCUGGAUACAGGACUAUCCCAAAAACGUUGGAUCGUAUCGCUCCAGCCUUCUCCUUCAACAGCUGCAACUACUUGGUGGAGAAGUCUCGCUCGUCCACAGCGCGGGUGGUGGUAUGGAGAGAGAUAGGCGUUCUGAGGAGUUACACCAUGGAGAGCACCUACAACGGCUGUGAUCAGGGCAUACACAAGGGGCUGCAGACAGGGAGCAGGGAGCUGCAGGAGAUGGGGAUGAAGUUCUGUCAGAGUCUGCUGUCCGUCACUAAAGACUCUCGAGCUCUUUACAACAAGAAACUGAUCCAUCACAUCGACCUGGACGACAACGUCCUCGACCACAAGUCGCACAACUGCUUCGAGGACGACGAGCCCCCGUGUGUGGAGGAGAUCGAGUUCUCCGCAGACUGUCCGCCUCUACACGGCGAUGAUCUGGAUUCAGAUGUUGACAGAAACAUGGCGGGCGCUGAGGAAGACGAGGAGGAUGAAGACUUCCUGUUCCCCAGUCGGACCUGACAGUCAUCCACGUGUAACGGCACCGCCAGCGGUCAGAUCCUCAGCUAAACCACCAAGACCAAGAACCCUGACCCUAACCUUAACAGGUCCUCAGACUGGGACCUGGUCCUGACCUUAACCCUAACAGGUCCUCAGCUAAACCACCAAGAUCCAAAAGUCUCCAUAAGGACUGAAAGGACCCGAACCCUAACAGGUCCUCAGCUAAACCACCAAGAUCCAAAAGUCUACAUAAGGACUGAAAGGACCCGAACCCUAACAGGUCCUCAGACUGGGACCUGGUCCUGACCCUAGCUAACAGGUCAUCAGACUGGGACCUGGUCCUGACCCUAGCUAACAGGUCAUCAGACUGGGACCUGGUCCUGAUCCUGGUCUUCCUGGUCCUGAACGCUCUCACGCUGUGGACUGAUGCUUUAAUUUCCUCUUUUCUGUGUUUGCUGUGAGAAUAAAAGUGAUUUAUUUUGUGUUUA